AUGGAUAAGGAAUUUCAAAAUGAAAAGGAUGAAUUAACUUUAAAGAAAAGAAAAAAAGAAGAAGGAAAUAUAAAUGAUAUAGAAAAUUAUGUAAAUAAAGAGAUAAAUUAUAUAAAUACGGAUAAAAAUGAUAAUAUCAGUGAUUUGAAUAAUAAGAAAAAUAGUGUCAAUAUAAUAAAUAAUGAUUUAAAUGAUGAAGUAAAAAACAUAAAUUUAAGUAGGAAUAGAGGUAAGAUUUGUCCUUAUCUACGUACAAUUAAUAGAAAUUUACUAGAUUUCGAUUUUGAAAAAUUAUGUAGUAUUAGUUUGUCAAAUUUACAUGUAUAUGCUUGUUUAGUUUGCGGUUUAUAUUUUCAAGGAAUUGGAAAAGGAACAUAUGCAUAUAUUCAUGCUUUAGAAAAAAGUCAUUAUGUUUUUAUUAAUUUAGAAUCAUGCAAAACAUGCUGUAUACCAGAAAAUUAUGAAAUUGAAGAUGCUUCAUUAAAUGAUAUAAAAUAUUUUUUAAAACCUAUUUAUACAAGGGAGCAAGUUGAAUAUCUAUGCUUUAAUCCUAUUUUAGGAAAAUCAUUAGAUGGUGCAGAUUUUUUACCAGGUUGUGUUGGUUUAAAUAAUUUAAAAAAUACUGACUAUUGUAAUGUAAUCAUUCAAUUAUUAUGUACUAUUAUACCUGUACGAAAUAUUUUAUUAUUACAUGAAAAUAAAACAAAUUUAGCGAAGAAUUUAAUUAUCGUCUUAUCUGAAUUAAUUAAAAAAAUUUACAACCCUAAAAAUUUUAAAGGAGUUGUAUCUCCUCAUGAAUUUUUACAAGCAGUUGGUAUAGAAUCUAAAAAAAAUUUUAAGAUAGGAACAAAAAAUGAUCCUCUAGAUUUCUUUUUAUGGGUUAUUAAUAAAAUUCAUAAAUAUUCAGAGAAAACACUGAAGAAAAAAAAAAAAGAUAAGAAUCAUAAAAAUAUGAAAAUAAAAGAAAUUUCCAAAAAAAAAAUAAUGGAAAAAAAUAAUAACCUUAAAAAUGAGGAAAAAGAAUCAAGCAAUGAAAAUAAUUUUAUGCAGAAUGAUAGUAAUAACAAUGAUAAUCAUGUAGAAAAAAAAAAAAAAAAGUGGGUAUAUGAAAAAAUAAACAUCAUUGAUUAUUGUUUCGAUGGAGAACUAAUUAUUAAAACUAAAAGAGAAAGCUCAGAAAUGGAUAAUGUAGAAGAAACUGAUCAAAAACAAAAAGUAAAUGAAGGGGAAACACAUGAAGAAAGAAAAAAUAAUGAUAACAAACUAGAAGAAGAAAUUGAAGAAGAUGAGUUAUAUGAAAAAAAAAAUUAUAAAAUCAAAAAAAUUCCAUUUCGUACUCUUUCCUUAAAAUUACCAAAUCCACCAAUUUUUAAAAGUACAACAGAAAGUAAUAUUAUACCUCAAGUUUCUAUUUAUGAGUUAUUAACAAAAUUUGAUGGAGAAACAGAAACUUUUUUGUUUGAUAAAUCUGUACCAAGUACAAUAAUGAUUUCUAAAUUACCAAAAUAUUUAAUUUUUACGAUUAAAAGAUUUUCAAAAAAUAACUUUUUUGUUGAAAAAAAUGGUACAAUAGUAAAUUUUGUAAUUAAAAAUUUAGAUAUGAAAGAUUAUAUACAUCAAGAUUUUCUUAACCAAAAUCCUGUUACAAAAUAUAACUUAAUUGCAAAUAUUUUUCAUAGUGGUACAGUAAAUCAGGGUUCGUAUAAAAUUCAUGUUUUAAAUCAACCGACAAAUGAAUGGUAUGAAAUAGAAGAUUUACAUGUUAUUUCAAUUUUACCACAAUUGGUUUUAUUAUCUGAAUCUUGCAUCCAACUAUAUCAACGACAAGAUAUCCAGUUAGAUGGGGAAAUAAAUCAGAAUUUUUAA